ACCAAACGCGACGUUCUCUUCACCGAUCUCGCGCUUAUUCGAAGCCGAAAGCAAAACACUCCCAAAGGCCAAAUUUUUUGAUUUCAGAGUCCAAUUAGCAGCGCACAGUAGCUUCAAUGUCGGAUCCAAUCAUCCUAUCCGAUGGAGACGACCCAAAGACCCCCCGCCCUUCCAUCUACAAGAAGCCCAGAACCGUACUGGACAGUCAUUUACCUCCGGUUUUGAUUCUCGACGAUGACCCUACCCCGCAAAAACCGUCACUGGGCCCCCCCUUCACUUGCGGCUCCACUCCUUCCUUUGUGGCCGAGACUCCGAUGUCAGAGCCUUCGGUCGUCAGGUGCUCCAAUGCUGGCCCUUCAAUUGAGGCUUCGGAUCCUCAAAUUGGAGAUGCCAAGCUCUCUGGAAUAAGCAGAUUGAUAUGUUUGGAAUCUGAUAAUGAUUCUGAAACUGGUUCUAAAAGGGACAAUGAUCAGGAGAAUGGAUCAAAGUGUUCCUACAUUGAUGAGUCCGAAGAGUUAGAAUGGCAUUCUAGAGUUUUUGAUUAUGAAGCUCAUCUAGGGAGUUCUAAUCUAAUCCAAAUGUGUGAGGACAGUUCUUCUCAGCCAUUGUAUGAAGAGGAUGAUGGUGAUCCACAACUUCUUGAGGUAAAUGAUGAUCCAGACAAAGAAAAUUUUGCCUUAGAGCAGAUGGGGAACACAAUAAAGCAGAAUCGAGAAAUGAAAGCUGAUUCUGAUAAGAAAAGUAGCACACAUGGAGCAACGGUAAAAAAAAAGAUGACGAAGGAGGAGCGGACUCGUAUGUUGGAAGAAAAGAAGCUAAAGAAAGAGCAAGAGAAAUUGCAAAAAGCUGCUUUGAAAGCUGAAGCUGUUGAGUUCAAAAAAUUGCAGAAAGAAAGGCAGAAAUGGGAAAAAGGAAAGUUUGCUCUAAAAUCUAUUGUAGCUGAAAUUGAUACUAAGGUGGUUGAACUAGGGUCAAUAGGAGGACAUUUACUUUCAAGGUUGGCUGAUAAAGGCCUUACAUAUCGCAUAACGUCAAAUCCAAUUGAAAAAUCAAUUGUAUGGACUAUGACAGUUCCCGAACAUAUUUCACAGCUUUCUCCUGAAGGACUAGAGAUUCAGUAUGUAUUAAUUGUAUCUGAGGCUGCAGAGUUUUGUGAUCUAGUAACUAGUGACACACUUUUGGAUCACAUUUCUAGAGUUCGAAGUAAAUAUCCAUCGUAUACAGUUUGCUAUCUUACAAAUAGACUAUUGGCAUACAUUAAUAAAAGGGAAAAUGAACAAUACAAGAACCCUGCAAUUGAUAGUGGUUGGAGACGUCCGCCGGUUGAGGAGGUGUUGGCAAAGCUGACCACAUAUUAUGCUAGGGUACACUCUAGGCAAUGUGCUGAUGAAUCUGAACUGGCCGAACAUGUUGUUGGUUUGACAUGCAGUCUAGCCUCGUGCCAAUUCAGAAAGAAGUUAACGCGACUCUGUGUAAGUGCUAAUGGAUCCCUUAUUCCUAAGGAUUCUAUUGACAAGAAUUUAAUAAAGGGGAACUUGUGGUUAAAAGCUUUGCUCGCCAUCCCAAAGGUCCAGCCACGAUUUGCUCUUGCCAUAGGGAGAAAGUACCCUACCAUGAAAUCUCUUUUGCUCGUUUACAUGGACCCUACUAAAUCAGUGCAUGACAAGGAAUUUCUGCUCAAGGACUUGGUGGUAGAAGGGUUAUUAGGUAAUGACAGAAGAUUAGGUGAGAUUUGUUCAAAGAGAGUCUAUAGAGUACUCAUGGCUCAGAGUGGAAGCGUCAAAACUGAUGAUAUUGAGGAUGGUGCUGAUUUCUUCACACAUUAGUGAUACUCAAACUUUUAUUGUUUGCUUUCCUUAUUUUUCUGUCUAGCUUUUAAGAUAAAUGAUUGCAUCAUGUGGAUAAAAUGGGUGUCAAUAUCAAGUAUAUUGAUAGCCAUUAUAAGGAGUAAAAUUCAUUGAUAAUUCGUGAAUUUAUAUUAAUGUUUUAUUUUCAUUUAUAAUCUUAGAACUAUUAUGUUUAUCGUCUACAA